GACCCUGUCCCUUGCGAACAUUGCCCCACAGUUUUCGACGAUGAAAGUUCUCUUGUCCUUCUCCAACUUUUUACACCCUUCCAGCCUUUGUUCUAAACCUAAUAACUACAUCUCACUUAUUCAAUGGCUGAAAAACAAAUGGAUCAGUCCCAAGCUCGUCGGCGACGUCGUGAUGGAUCGUCUGGAGUACAGCAGCGUUUGUGUACGCACUGCGGACGAAGCUUUAAGCGGUCUGAGCACUUAGAACGCCACGUCCGAACCCACACAAAGGAGAAGCCAUAUGUAUGCCAUUGUGGGUCGGCAUAUUCACGUCGAGAUCUCUUGACCCGCCAUCAACGCAUCACUCAUGAAACUCUCUCUCCAAGGUCUCCUGAUGCUCCAGCGUCGGAAGACAAUCACCAGUUGGCAGCAACAGACUCGGAUCCUCCGUCCGAGGAUACUGCUUCAACGUCUACUGCUCCAAUGUCGGAUAUGAGCAUGAAUCACGGUCUCCAGCAGCACCAAUAUUCAACAAGCCACGAUUAUGGCAUUCAUAGCCACCCCGCUACUCAGCCCUAUCACCAACUGAUCGCGGGCCAAGAACUUGACUACAAUGGUCAACACUUUUCCAGCUUUGACCAUUAUCAGGAAGUACACAACUUUGCGGACGGAGCUGGCCUACCUCCAGAAUGGACUCACUAUCUUGAGCCUAACUUAGAAGACACUAUGGAUCCCGCGUUAAGAGGUUCGAUGGUCGACAUAUCAUCGCCGCUUAGCAAUGAGAGUUUCUCGGCGCACGCGUACAAUCCUUGGAUGUCACAGGCGGCCCAGAAAUGGGGCAAUUAGGUCGAGUUCCGGAAUAGACGUGGCGACUCCCCCUAUUAGCACGAAUCGUUACUCUCGACGAUUACGAACCCGCCAAUUUACCGUUCCGCCCCCUCCGGGACCCCGCGGUAUCUUAGCCGCUUUUGGUCGUAUAGGGGCAUCUAUAUGAAUUGGAUGCCGUGGAAUCUACGUUUAU